GCUCCGCUCGAGACGGUCGUGGAUCGGAAAAGACCCACAAGUCGCAAAUACCAUAUACCAUAUAGUAUACAUCUGGAAAUAGCCGAAAGAAAGGUGCGCGCAUGCGCAUGGAAAGCGGCUAAAACGGCUGAAACGGCUAAAACGGCUAAAGCGGGAAAAGCGGCAAAAGCGAGUGGUGUGUUCUGCAAGACGGAGCGUGAAGUGCGGCAUUGUUUGCAUUUUAUUUUGUCAGUUUGCAUUUUGUUUUGUUUUUGUAUUGUGUUUGCCCAAAUAUGCGGAUAAAUAUGCGGAAAACCUAAUCUGUCCAAAAAAAUAAAAACAACAUAAACGUAACAAUAAUAAGCGACGUCAACUGGCUGGCCAUAUCGAUUGCAUCGAGUGGCUCCCAUACAUAUGUGACACUUUUCCGCGGCGCAAAAAACAGGUUGCCAUUGCAGCCAGCACCUAGGGCACCUUGCCGCCUGGUUCACCUGUUGGCCAGUUCACCUGGAUCCCCGGAUCACCUGGUGUUGGUCAUGCUGCCUAAGUGUUUUUUUUAAAUAAAGAAAGCCAGGGGAAAAGCUGAAAGGUCUUCGAAAGGAGCUAGGGGGGCUCUAAACCCAUCCCAUCCGAUCCGAUUCGAUUCGAUCCAAGGUCCAGGUCGAGUUCGAAGCCCAGUUGCAGAUCCAGGAUGUCGGACAUCUACUACUGCAGCAACAGCCAGAUGAAAAAGUCGCGCGACGCGGAUAAAUCAUCCGCCCCGUUGUCGGUCACCAAUACCAAUGCAAAUGCCGCCAACAUGGCGGCCGCUGAUAAGAAGAACAACAACAACAACUGCAGCAAUCGCAACAACAAAGAGAAGAGCAUGCAGACGAACGGUAAAAAUUGGAAGGGCAUUGUCCAGAGCAAUCCCAAUCCGAGUGGGGCAGGUGGAGUGGGAGUGGGAGUGGGCGUGGGCACCACUGCCCAGCCACCGAAGGUUUUCCACAACACCCGAUGCACAAGGCACCACAAACCGCACCACAGUCACGGCAAUGGAACGGCGGCUUCCGCGGCAUUGGGAGGAUUGGGAGGAUUAGGAGGAGGCAGUGGCGCAGGAGGAGGAGCCAGCUCCAAUGGACCACCACUGGAGGCCACACAGCAGCGGGAAAGGGAGCGGGAUCGGGACAGGGACAGGGAUCGAGAAAGGGAGAGGGAGCGGGACAGAGAACGGGAGCGGGAACACCACCUUCACAUGCACCAGCACCAGCACAACCACGGCCUGCGGAGAAAGUCCGAGUCCGUCCUGUCCACCGACUCGGAUAUCCGCUUCACCCGCCGGAAACUGGGCGAUGGCCAAAAGUGUGGCUGCGCCGUCAUCGCCGGUUUCCUCAUCGCCCUCCUCGUCGCCGGAGUUUUCGUCUAUGUGGGAUAUACCUAUUUCCGGCCGGAACCGUUGCCGGAUCGCGUUUUCCGCGGCCGUUUCAUGGUGCUCAACGACAAGUGGAACAUGGAGCUGGCCAACCAGAACUCGUUGAGGUUCCAGCACAAGGCCCGCGACUACCGGGAGCGGAUCAAUCUCACCCUGCGGCGAUCCGACCUGCGGGAGGCCUACGAGGGCAGCGAGAUUUUGGCACUGGACGGCAGCGAGGACAACAACAACAUAGUCGUGCACUUCAACAUGAUCUUCGAUCCGUACGCGGGUCUGGUGAGCAGCGGUGACCUGCUGGCCCUGUUCCACGAGGAGAUGACCCAGCCGCCGCAGCAGCGCCGGCACUUCGCCAACAUGACGGUGGACGUGUCCAGUUUGAGCAUCAAGGAGACGACUGGGCUGAUCGAGGAGCCAGUGAUGUCCAGCUCGCCGCUGGGCGGUCAUGAUGAGACCACCGAGCCGGUGGUGACCACCACUCCGGCUCCGCCGCGUCGCUGCUCGCCCCUGGAGCUGAGCUACUGCCGCCAGGUGGGCUACAACAUAACCACCUAUCCGAAUCUCCUUGGACACGCCAGCUACGAGCAGCUGGCCGAGGAUGUGAUCGUGUUCCGGGAACUGGUCGAUGGCGAGUGCCAUCGGGAGGCCUACGACUUUGUGUGCCGCCUACUCCAACCGCCCUGCGACACCCACGGCUCCGAUUUGCAACCCACUCCCGGGCAGAUUUGCCGCGAGUACUGUGAAUCCUUUAUGACCGGAUGCGGCAGUCGGCUGCCGCAGCGUUUCCGGCAGUUCUUCGACUGCGAACGCUUCCCGGAGUCCACGGGCACCCAGUCGUGCCACCAGAAGCCCCACUGCGUCAGCGACAUGCAGUCCAAUGUCCAGAGUCCCCGGCUCUGCGAUGGCUAUGCCGAUUGUCCGGAUUUGUCCGACGAGCGCAGCUGCGCCUUCUGCUCCCCCAACGCCCUCUAUUGUGGGCGUGGCCGGGCCUGUGUGCCGCGCAAGGCGCGAUGCGAUGGGAAGGCGGACUGCCCGGAUGGCGCCGAUGAAAAGGACUGCCUAUCCAUAGCCCCGCUGGCGGCCGAUCUGCUGCAGCCGGAGCCCUUGGUUCCGUACCUCUCCCGCUUUCAUGCCGCCGGCUACGCCGUAUUCUCUGAAAAGGGGGUGGUGGGCAAGCUGUGCGCCGAGGGUCUGGAGGGCGAUGCCAAGUUGGUGGUGCGCCAGACGGUCUCCGAGUCGCUCUGCAAGUCCCUGGGAUACGAAUCCGUGGAGAUCUUCGAUGUGCAGAACGACACCGAGCAGUUAAGCGACUACGUCCGUGUCCUGGAUCCCCAUGCGCCCGAGAUCAGCUUCAUACGGACGCACUGCCCCCGGCGACAGGUCCUCUACGUGGGAUGCGGUGAGCUGCGGUGCGGCGUCCAGUCGGCGCUCUUCAACGCCAAGCAGCACCUUUCGCUGCCCAAGAUGUCGGCACCCGGGGAUUGGCCCUGGCUGGUGGCCCUCUUCCGCGAGGACAUCCACGUGUGCGACGGCACCCUGAUCUCGCAGGACUGGGUCCUCACCACCGAGGGCUGUUUCCAGGGCCAGCCGCGUGCCACCUGGAUGGCCAUUGUGGGUGCAGUUCGUCUGUCGGCCAAGGCGCCAUGGACGCAGCGACGUCGCAUUAUUGGCAUGAUCAAGAGUCCGGUGGAGGGCUCGACGGCGGCCCUGGUGCGCCUGGAAACCUCCGUCAGUUACUCGGAUCAUGUGCGACCCAUUUGCCUGCCGGAUGCCCUGCAGAGACGCCUGCUUCAGCAGCCGCCGGCCCAGAGGAGAUCCCAUGUCCCGGUGGCCGAGAGAUUAGAAGGCCAGCUGGUCAGCCAGCAGCGCAGUCGAUUGGCCCAGGAGAACCAGCAGUUCUUCUUGAUUCCCUCGCAGGAGCAGCUGGACAGCUCCACGGAGAACCAGGAGGCGGAGGAUCAGGAUGAGGAGCAGGAGGAUCACUUUGGAGCCCAGGCAGCCGCCUCCUUUAUGCCCAAGGCCGAGGCUCUGCACCAGGAACUGGAUGCCUAUCCCCUGCCGGAUCAUGCGCCGCAGGUGAAUUACUAUGGCGGCGGCUCCUCCUCCUCGGGAGCCACGGUCACAUCGUCGUCCUCAUCCUCCUCCGCCGCCGCCGCCCGCACCAAGGCCGCCACCAAGGCUCCCGUUUUGGCUGCUGUGCCGGCUGCCCAGGAGCAGAUCUGGACGAAUUGCAAUACACUCGGAUGGUCCCGACAGCGGGAUCACCUGCAGCGCGUCCAGCUGAAGAUGGGCGACAUGGCGCCCUGCGAGAAUGUGUCCAUCGCCACCGUGAACUCCAUGUGCAUGGAGGCCACUUACCAAAAGUACGACUGCACGCAAGAGGAGUACUCGGGAGCCCCCGUCCAGUGCCUGAUCCCCGGCACGAAUCAAUGGGCCCUGAUUGGGGUCUCCUCAUGGCGGAUCGCCUGCGGACCCACGGGCGUGGAGCGGCCCAGGAUGUACGACAAGAUCGCCUCGAAUGCCGCCUGGAUCCGCGAGACGAUCAACGCGAUAUAGUCGGCAUAGUCCCCUGGGGGCGGCGACACGCCCCCACAAGCAUUUGUGUAGAAAACGGAACCGAACUCACUGGGUAUUAUGUGUGUAGCAAAGCAACCAAUUAAGCAUAUGUAACUAACCUGCUCUAAUGUUACUCGAACCUAACUCUAUGCUAACUAUUUUUUAAACGUCCUUAUUUUUUUGCUGUUUUGUGUAAUAUUUAUUAACUAUGUUGUAAUUGUAUGUUAAACAUGUCGAAAAGGAAGCAAAUUUAGUUGUUAGUAUUUACGUUUAGCUGUUUGUAGAAAGAUAUUGUUGAAUAAAAUGAAAUCGCCUAAA